CUGUCUGCACUGGCUGUUUCUGCAGUCUCUCUGCAGGUCAGUCCAAACCUCCAGCAGAUCUUCAAAAAUUACGCUUCUUCUGUGUCUCUGAGUUGUGUUGAUGAUGAAGGAGAGACAGCUGAUGGGUGGAAGGUGAUGAUAACAACAGAUGACUACAGUUAUGACUGUGCUGACAGUCUAAGCUUGCAUGGAUAUGGUGUGGGAUAUUACUCUUUCUGUAUUCUGGAUUCAUUCUUCUCCUCUGAUCCUCUUUACUUCUGUGAAAACUCGUCUGGACAGCAGAGCGAUGAAGUCUCCAUCAGCAUUUCAGAUAGAAGUGUGAUCCUGGAGAUCCCUGCACUUCCUGUGAGGGCAGGAAGUAAUGUCACGCUGCGCUGCAGAAACCACAGGGGUUCAAAGGUUGAAGCUUAUUUCUUCAUUAAUGGGAGUCAUGUUGGAGCUGAACACAAGUCAGAGCUCAUCAUCACUAACGUGCAGAAGUCUGAUGAAGGCGUCUACUCGUGUUCUGUCGGUGUAGAUAAAGAAUCUCUUAAAAGCUUUCUGAGGGUCAGAGAGCCUGCUGUCACCCCUUCUUCCUCCCCUCGUCCCCCUUUUCUUCCUCCCUUCCUCCUCCUCCUCACUUUUUGUCUGUACUGAGACUCUCCUGCCAUCUAGUGGUCUUUUGUCCAUAUUGCAUCUCUGCUGGUGUGCUGCUGUCCAUCUGAUGCAGAAGGAAGACAGCAAAGAAAUCAGCCAUCUCCAUGGAGAUGACCCGGCACGAUGGAGGAUGUCAGGGUUUGGAUGGAGACUAUGAAUGCAUGUUUGCUGAUAUGCUUUAUACAAGCCCAAGAUGUCUUCAUGAUGUGUUUAUUAUCUGCUCCUGUACUGAUGAUGUUCAGCCUCCUCUGAGUAUAAAUAGUUUUUGGGGGGUUUUUUUGGAAAUCAAUCCUGUUUCUCCCUCCAAGUGAGAAAACACUUUAUGUUUUAUUACUGGCUAUGGAAAUCGUGUACAUCAUUGUCCUUUGUAUGCUUCUGCUAAAUGUGUUUCUUUUUUUCAUAUUCGCAGACUUUCCCAUCGGUUGAUCUUUAUCUAUAAUCUCUGCCUGGGCUGGUUCCCUCUUAUUUAUGUGUUUAUAUGUGUAAAAAACGCAACCAAUACAACCUUCGUUCUCACAAUAUCAUACAAUUGAUUGUCCCAAAAAUUAGGACAGAACUGAGGAAAAAGACUUCAAUACGCUGCCCCUGCUUCCUGGAAUAAUCUGCAGAAGGAACUGAAAUGAUCAGAAUUUUUUACCUCGGGGGAGUUUAAGUUCAAUUCAAUUUAUUUAUACAGCACCAAAUCACAACAACAGU